UCAAUUAUUUAUACCAAAAAUUAAAUAAAUUUAAAAAAUAUAUAAAAAAUCACUUUGUUCUGCUGGGUUUCUCCCAACCUUCACAUCCCUUCUCUGCGUUUGUAUCUUCCUCUCUUCUCUUUAAUCUCGUCUCUUCUCCUCCAUAAAGAAGACAAAGAAGUUUCCUCCAUGGCGCCUGCCAAGGUCACCGUAGCUUUUGCACACGCUUCACCCAGCCAACGAGAACGUCGUCACGUCAGAGAACGUCGCCGUCUUCCUCGUUCCAGAGAGCGUCGCCGUCUUCCUCAUUUUUCAUCAUCGUCGUCAGCCUCUCCCUUCCGGGAUUUGCAGAGCUGGAAUGCUGGCUCUAAAUCAAGGAAAAAAAUAAUAGAAGCUGGAAAGUUAAAAAGAAAAAAAAAGGAGACCCGUGAGAGCGUUAGAACACUGAGCCCCGCAACCUGCAAGCAAGGAAGGUCACAGGCGAGCCCAAACGACCUGUUCCUUUCCCAACCAGCACGGCGCCGUCGCUGAACAACCGGCAUUCGCUGCAACCCAGCUGCCGGGCGUGAAGCCGUCGAUCAGAACAGUGGCGUGGGAGAUCUCACCGCCGAACUAAACAUCUUUCGAGUAUUCCGCCACCGGGCCCCAUAGUCUCUGAGCAAAGAAGCAACCGACCAUCAAGAAAAAACCCGCCUGCUACUGAACGGGUCACCGGAAAGCGAUCGAACAUCUUGACCGGAAGAAUCCUAACCAUCCAAGGUAAGUGGGUGAGGUUGUUCAGUUUCUGAUUAGUAAUUGCGGUUGCAUGUUUGAUUAGUGAUAGAUUUUGUUGAUGAAAUACGUGAUUAGCCAUGGUGGAAUAGCAGUAGGAGCCAUUUUUGUAGUUAGUCUAUGUUGUUGAAGUUCUUCAUGAUUUUAUUUUAGCGCGGGAAAGGUUGGAAAAGUUUGGGAUCGUGUUUAUAUAUGAGUUAAUUUUGAAAAUUUUUUGUCUUUUUCCGUGUGGACCAUGUGCAUGUAACGUGACGUAUAAUAGCUGACUAUCGUUGAAUAUUGGUUGAUAUUUGUUGGAUGGUUACUUUAAUAGGAAUUUGGAUGGUUAGUUUUGCAAAUAUUGAGGGAU